GGUCUGAAGAUUGGUACAUGGAAUAUUAUGUAUAUAAAGGAAAUCAAAUGUAAUAUAUAUCUGGGUAUAAGGACUUAUUUACGAUUAACGGUGGGGGAUCAUAUGAUCAAGAAGGUAAUUAAAAUAAGGUAGGAAAGUGGAAAGAGUUGGAUAAAAGGUUUUGGAUUAAUAGGUAAAUCAUUUAUGCUGGUGAAUAUAACGUGGAAGGUAUGAAGGUUGGUAGAUGGGAUAUUAUGUAUGAUAAUGAAUUUGGUUAUAAAACUAUGUAAAUAUUAUAUAAUUUUAAGGAAUAUUUAUAUGUUUUAGUGGUGAUGGAUCAUAUGAUUAAGAAGGAAGUUAGAAAAAGAUUUGAAGUUGGGUGGAAGUGCACAAAGGGUUUAAAGAUUUUGUUUAAAUAACUUAUAAUGGUCAAUAUAAUCAAAAAGGUAAUAAGAUUGGAAUCUAGGUGGAAAUCGAUAUAAAAAAAAAUUAAAAACUUUAAAAAGAAAAAAUUUG